UCUUAGCGACAGAGGGGAAGGACCCCAUCAUCUGUGAUGUCUAAACAUUCGGGGUGAAAAUAACACGAAUUGGCCGCUUUUCUGGUGCGCUAGACCAAGAUCGGAGCACACCCUUGGGCCGCGGGCAUCGCAGCCACCCUCAGGACUCGACUGGCGAGCGGACAGCGUCCGGCGGACGCGACUCGAGCGUCAAAUGGCCGUGUGAAGUGGGAAGAAAUAACCGGGAUCUAAAAUGCUGGCCUGUCCUUUGUUGGUCAACGAGGAAACGCCAGAGCCGCUUUCGGAAAUCUGCCUCAAGUACAUUUGCGCUUGUCUGGACACGAUCAGCUAUGCAGAUUCGUCGGACCCUUCGAUGCACCACCUCCUUCCCGGAGUGGUCAUGCCCAAUGAGAUUUGCGAGCGACUCUUGCAGGUAUAUCAACAAGAGGGCAACAUGGUGGACGAUGGCUUUGCAAACCUCUUCAUCAACUCGGUGUGCAUGCCGCUGAAGCGGCUCAAGUUGCGCAGCUCGCCCCUGAGCAACGAAGGCUUGAAGCGGCUGCUCGUUGCCCACCGCUUCACCGAGCUGGACCUGCACAUCUGCAAAAAGCUGUCCGACGACUGUCUCGAGACCCUCAACGUGACCAGCGACCAGUUGUUGUCAUUGACCGUCGGACAGGAAACUGAAAUCUUUCCUCCGGACCUCAGUGAAGUCAUCAUCACCAUGUCUGAGCCGAGCAACGUCUACAAGGCGAGGGGCUUCAUCCUCAGGGCGCCAAAGCUCCGACGGCUCUGCAUCAGGACGCUGAAACGAGAAAGGGUCUACUUCAUGACGUUGUUACGUCCUUUGAAAAGUCUGACCCACUUAGACCUGUCGAGCUGCGAAGGUUUGGGCCAACUCGAUUACCUGGAGGAAAUCAGCAACCUGAUGUCGCUUGUGUUGUACAACGUGCAAAAAAUCCAGCCCAUGAUUCCAGCUAUUUGCAAGAUCAAAUCGUUAAGGCAUUUAGACAUUUCACAAGCGCUGGAGAGGAAUGGCAAGUUCAAAGAUGAGAACCAAGCUCUGAUGCAACUCGUCCAGAAUCUGCCCAAUUUGGAAUCUCUUGACAUCUCGGGCACAAAUCUGGCAGGAACAGGUGCGGCAGUGAUGCAAGAUGACACAUCGGUUGGUGUUUCUGACAUCCCUGGACUGAAGAUUAGAGCAUUCAAACCUCUCGAGUUUCUCGGCUUGUACGGAACAAUGCAUGGUGCUUGUCACAGACAUGAUAUUCCUGCUAAAAGAAUAUCUGGAGAUGCUAAUGAGGAACAGAUUUUGACUGCCGCGGCUGCGUAUUUGGACCGGCCGGACAUUUUGCAGAAAGUGCUGAACGAUUUGUAUCACCUCUUCAGAUUCGAAUCCUGUCGAGACUUGAACAUGGCCUUAACUCUAGUCCUGGGAGCAAUGGAUAGACACAGAACGGAGAAGCACAUUCAAAUUUCCGGGAGUGCCACUUUGUUCUACAUCGUGAAAGGGAAGGAGAAGCAAGUGUUUGUUCCGCAUAUCAAAAAACGGAUUGUUAGUACCUUACUGAAUGCAAUGGGUUCUCACAGAGAUGACGACACCAUGAUGCGAAAUGGCUGUCUCACUUUAUGCCAAUUCAAAAUACCUCAGGAUGUGCUGUUUGAGUACCAGCGUCUAGUAGAAAUUCUCCUCCACAUCGUUUCGGACAUGGAGCAAGAAGGGUUUGUCCAGCGAAUUGGAAUUUACCUCCUCAACAGUCUGGCAUGUCAGGUGGACGGAACUCAAAAGCAGCUGCUCGGAGAUAUGGGCGCCAUGGAUAGAAUGCUGAAAAUAAUCGAGGAUAGGCUUCAGCGGCGGGUUUGUGAUGAUGUGUUGGAAGUGGCCUGGUCCACAAUGUGGAACGUAACUGACGAGACUGCAGUCAACUGCCAGCGAUUCCUCGAGGGCGGGGGCAUGAAUCUAUUCCUCAAAUGUCUCAACACCUUCCAAGAAAAGGAGGAACUGCUGAGAAACAUGAUGGGUCUCCUAGGAAACGUUGCUGAGGUCAAACACUUGCGGCCCAAACUUAUGACCAGUGAAUUUGUUAUUGUUUUUGCCAACCUUUUGGAGUCAAAUAGUGAUGGAAUUGAGGUAAGCUAUAAUGCAGCUGGUGUUCUUUCGCACAUGGCAUCAGAUGGUGCCGACAAAUGGACAAUGAGCACCCCUCGCAGACAAGAUGUGCUCAAGGGGAUGGUUGAUGCCGUAGAAAAGUGGGACUUGAAGACAGAAAGAAAUAUUAAUUACAGAUCCUUCGAACCUAUUUUGCACCUUGUCAAUGUUUACCACACGCCAGAAUGCCAGCAUUGGGCUGUCUGGGCACUAGCCAAUUUAACCGAAGUCUAUGCAAAUAAAUAUUGCCAAUUGGUGAUCGAAGAGGGUGGUAUCCAGCUGCUUGCGGCCUUGUUGGCACACGAGGCUCCGUACCCAAGGAUAAAAGACCUGGCAAGAAGAGUGAUCGUCAAGUGUCGGGAACAGUUCCCAAACAGCGCCGUGUUUGCAUGCUUGCCAAAAUUUUUAAUGCAGCCAACUGACAAAUAGGCUGCCUCCACCAAGCGUGUAGAGCAGUGAAUGAAAUUGAAAUAAUUAAUAUAUAUUCGUCACAGAGAGUUUUCAAAAUGUGAUAUUAAAGUGUUAAUUUGAGAGCACAAUUCUAAAAAAAAGCAAAGUAGAGAUCGGAACACCAUGUAAAAAUUGUUGAAAUUGGCUUGUUAACCCAACAAAUAUUGAAGCAGCUCUUGUUCCUUCCCCCGAUAACUCAGAAAUUUAUUCAGAUCAAUGCUUUGAAUUCUCCACCACUACGUGAGAUAUAUAUAUUUUUUGUUGGUUACUUUUUAAGUGCUAUAUUUGUACAAGUGGUAGGAGUCUGUGAAUGGAUGUUCAAGAUAAUUAAGUUUGCUAGUGCCGCCAAAGUAUGCACGCCUUGGUUGGCAUUUUUCAGAGGGAAAUUUUUGCAGCACCGGAUUUAGUUUAUUUUCCGAUCAGGCUGUUUGGUUUUUUUUUUCACAUAACUCGUCAUAAGAUUGACAUUUUUCAAAUUUUGUUUCUAAAUUAUGUGUGUGCAGAAUUCCCUCAUGUCUACAAGGAACCAUAUUAUAUAGUUCUUACCACCCCUCAGCUUCAGAACAUGCUCUUCAAGUCUUAAUAAAUAAAUUUUAAUAAAAAAAAUG